CGCGAGCUGCAAGAGUCUGAGAGUCAGAGCGGGGUGGCCACGAUAGCGCAGCUGGUGCAGCGACAAGCCAAGUGCGACCAGCUCGACGCUUUACAUGAGCAGAGUUGAGGACCUGGAGGACAAGUUGAAGAAAGACUUAAGCGAUGUUAGAAACGACAGCGCUGAUAUCGGACUUCAGCUGGAGACGAAGCUGAUGGAGUCGUUUGAGGAGUUUCGGCUACAGGUCACCGAUGACUUGUCCAGGCUGGCGGACGUUGUGGACAGACUGGAGACCAACGCUAACAACUCUCAGGAGGCGGUCCAGACGCGAUUGGAAGAAAUCUCCCAGGCGGCAGACGAUUACCAGUCAGCGAACUAGCAAACAAUUGCUGACCUGGAUAAGGAGAGUCGAAGAAAAAAAUUAAUGAGCUUCGAACAACAAUGGGCGAUAAAUUAUCGACGAUAGAGAGAAAUGUCAGUCUACAACUGUCGGAUUUGACUACCAUCAUGCCUGAAAACUUGUCAGAUUAUUAUCUGGCACUGGCCAGCCUCGACCUGAAAACUACCGCUCAGAUCUCGGCGCUUGAACAAAACGUGUCGGACAUUAAAGACGCCUUGACCAGUCACGUGACCAACAGUACCCAGUCCAUUGCCGAUGUGUGGUCAGACGUGGAAGGCUUGUUCAAAACGACAGAGUCACUCAGAGAGAGCCUGUGUGUAUUUAAAACGGGUCACUCACUAACAAGUGGACGCUGCAUGAACGUCAGCGGGGUGGAGGCGGACUACCAGACUGCCCAGGCCAACUGUGCGGCUAGCGGGGGUCACCUGCUGAUCCUCAAGUCACGUGACGUCGACGCGCCGGUACUUCGCGAUGUUUUGACAGCAGCAGGAAUAACUGUGCCUUCCUUUUAUAACACGCUAAACUACUGGGUGGGAGCCACUGACAUCUCAACUGAGGGAACUUUCACCUGGAACGAUGGAACUCCUUUGCCUACUUCCUCGGAACUUUGGAAUCAGCUGGAGCCAAAUGAUGCGAAUAAUAACGAAGAUUGUGUGGAAAUGUACAUCAAUAUGCAACUAUCUAAGACCUGAACGACAACAAUUGCUUGGCACCGCGCCCGCAUAUUUGUGAAUACUUUUAAAUAAAUCAACGUUAUAGAGCCACACUGCUGAACCUUUGAGGUGUGAAACAUUCCGAAUGCCUACUCCUGCAAAUAAACUCAGAUGAUGAAAUUGCUGAAAAUUAAUAUGUUUUACAAACUUGUUUAAUGGAUCAUAGCUGGAAAGGAGUUUCACACUUUUUUAAUAAAUCAGAUUGCGAAUAUUGUCUAUAAAGGAUGUAUAAAACUCCCCACCCAAGUUUUACCAGCCACAGUUUUACAGAAAAGACAGAUUUAGAAGACCUUCAUGUGGUCACAGAUUAUAGAACCUAACAGAAACUAGUUUUAGUGCAAACUACCAUCACACUAAAAACAUCGUUUCAUUCAGCCAGAAGUAUUGUAAUAAAAAUUAUAGCUUACAUUCCUGUUCACUAUUUUUUCAUAUUGUGUUUGCCCCAAUGAGAUGUAGCUAUAUGCUGUAAAUAAAAAAGGGCCAACAACUUUUGUCAGUCUUCUCAACUAUGUCUCAUUCAUUAUGCAAAUGUGCACAUAGACCAAGUGUGCAAGCACUGCUUCAACCACAUGUAUAGGUGGUCUGCUUUUUAAAAGGUUACAUCAUGUGAAUACACCAUAUUGUCACCAUGAACUAGAAAACUUUCUAUUUAAAUCUCAUUUAUAGCUGGAUCGUUACACCAAACACACACACACACAAUUCUAUAUUAACGCAGUAUUUUUAUUCAUUGACUGUAGUAGCUAUAUGCUGAGUCUAGAGAUUGUAAAGGACUUAGUUUCUUAGUUUUACAGAUGUUUAAAAAUAGCGACAUAUAUAUAUAUACCUACAAAUAAUGUUCUUACCGUGUCAAUCGAGCAAUAAAUGUUACAA